CAAAGAAGUGGUGUCACACCACUCACUAUAACGUGAGAACGCGCGUACAUAAAAGACAUCUCCACUCUCGGCGCGUGGCGAACAGCACUACAUCUCUCUCUCUCUCUCUGCGCAUCUUUGUCCCUCGUUGUCAGUACUCUCUCUCUCUCUCUCUCUGCAAUGGGGUGUGCACAAUCUAGGGUUGAUAACGAAGAGGCCGUAGCGAGAUGCAAGGACCGCCGCAACGUCAUCAAGGAAGCGGUUACGGCGAGCAAAGCGUUCGCCGCGGGCCACUUCGCCUACGCCAUUGCGUUGAAGAACGCAGGCGCUGCUCUCAGCGACUACGGCCACGGCGAAUCCGAUCAAACCUUGGACGCUGCUUUGGAGAAGGGAAACGACCGUGCUGCGGAUGGUCCUGCUACUCCUCAGCCGCCACCGCCUCCGCCUAUCGAGAAUCUCCCUCCUCCGCCUCCGCCUCUCCCUCAGUUCACUCCUUCUCCGAUAAAGCGCGCGAUUAGCUUGCCUGCGAUGGCGGGGAGAGGGAGGAAGGUGAGGGGGAUUGAUUCGAUGGCGAUUGAGGAGGAGGAUGAAGAGGAGGAGGAGGAGGAGGAGGGAGAAGAGAAGGUUGAGGAUGGAGAGAGUUCGCCUAGGACGCCGGAGAAUGUUGGGAAAGGUGGGAAGUUACCGGAGACGCCGGAGACUGUGAGUGCUUCUCCUGGGGCGUGGGAUUACUUUUUCAGGGUGGAGGAUGUUCCUGGGGGUAACUUAGAAGACAAUCAUCACUUUGAGUUCAAUGAAGAGGAGGAGGAGGAGGAGGAGGAAGAAGAGCUAAGAUCUGGUCACAAGGCUGUUGAGGAAGUGGAGCCAAAGACGCCGGAGAAAGUGGAAGAAGUUGAAGAAGAAGAAGAUGAAGUGGUGGAAGAGGCAAAGGAGAAAGGGAAAGCUAAGAUCGAGCAUUCCAACACAGCUCCACCUGAGUUCCGGCGUGCAGUCGCCAAGACCACGGCGUCAAGCGUGAAUCUGAUGAAGAUUCUUGAUGGGAUUGAUGAUCGGUUCCUCAAAGCUUCAGAGUGUGCACAGGAGGUUUCCAAGAUGCUUGAAGCCACAAGGUUACAUUAUCACUCUAAUUUCGCAGAUAACCGAGGAUAUGUUGAUCAUUCCGCUAGGGUAAUGCGGGUUAUAACUUGGAACAAAUCAUUAAGAGGCAUUUCCAACGGUGAAGGUGGGAAAGAUGAUCAAGAAUCAGACGAGCAUGAAACUCAUGCGACGGUGUUGGACAAGUUGUUAGCGUGGGAGAAGAAACUCUACGAUGAAGUGAAGCAAGGUGAGCUUAUGAAGAUAGAGUAUCAGAAAAAGGUAUCUCUACUCAACAGGCAUAAAAAACGAGGUGCGAGUGCAGAAACCGUGGAGAAAACGAAAGCAGCUGUGAGUCAUCUACACACAAGAUAUAUCGUCGACAUGCAGUCCAUGGACUCGACUGUCUCAGAAGUUAACCGUUUAAGGGAUGACCAAUUGUAUCCAAGACUUGUCUCCUUAGUCGAAGGGAUGGCCAAGAUGUGGACAAACAUGUGCACACAACACGACACACAACUCCAGAUCGUCGGAGAGCUAAAAUCUCUCGAGAUCUCGACUUCUCAGAAAGAAACCACGAAGCAGCAUCACCAACAGACGCGGCAGUUCUGCACCGUCUUGGAAGAAUGGCAUGUCCAGUUCGAGAGGCUCGUGACGCACCAGAAGCAGUACAUCAACUCUCUAAACACCUGGCUGAAGCUAAACCUCAUCCCCAUCGAAAGCAGUCUCAAGGAGAAAGUCUCCUCUCCUCCAAGGCCCCAGCGUCCACCGAUCCAAGCCCUUCUCCACUCGUGGCACGACCGCCUCGAGAAGCUACCCGACGAGGUGGCCAAAUCAGCGAUCUCCUCCUUUGCGGCGGUCAUGAAAACGAUCUUGCUUCACCAGGAGGAAGAGAUGAAGCUUAAGGAGAAAUGCGAGGAGACGAGGAGGGAGUUCAUUAGGAAGAAGCAAGGGUUUGAGGAGUGGUAUCAGAAACAUUUGCAGAAGAGAGGACCGACGGAGGAAGGUGUGGAUGGAGAAGAGGGAAGCGGGAGAGAUGAUGAUCAUGUCACGGAGAGGAGAAUCGUUGUGGAGACGCUGAAGAAAAGGCUUGAAGAUGAAGAAGAAGCUUACCAGAGACAUUGUGUUCAGGUGAGGGAGAAGUCUUUGAAUAGUUUGAAGAUCAGGUUGCCUGAGAUCUUUAGAGCGUUGUCUGAUUAUGCUCAUGCUUGUGCUGACUCUUACGAGAAGCUCAGUGUCAUAUCGCAGACUCAGAAAGCUACUGUAUCUUCUUGAACCAGUUUUAGUCUCUCUCUGCUUUUGUAUUAAAAACUCUUGUUGUUGAAUAGUUUUGUAGAAGUUUUUUUUUUUUAAUUA